CUCUCCCCCGGGAUAAAUAUGUAAAUCCUAUCCUAUCCUAUUGCUGAUUGGCCAUUAUUACGGAAAUAAACAAAGAAAUCGAUGCUAGGGGAAACAUCCAUUGGGAACACUAUUACCGUAUGUCAUAACAAAAACCAUUGAUUUUUGUUAUCUCGGUCGCCGUGGAGCCGAACGCAACUUUGAAAGGUGGUGUUGGAAUUCGUAUUAUUGCAGCGGCGGCAGUUUCAGGGUUUAGUGAAGAAGUUACCUAAUUAUGUGAUAGGAGCGAUGAUGAUCAUUCUUGUUGCUUAGUAAUACUGCAAUCAUGAGUGCGACUCGUACAUACUCGAGAUCAACACAUUCAAAUCGAAGCAGGUCAAAGUCAAGAUCCAGCUCUCCACGAUCUCAAAGUCGUUCGAAGUCUUAUAAGUCGAAUUCUGAUUCUUACACAAGUGACUAUUCUGAUGAUUUUGAAGCUGAAGCUAAGAGUGAAAUUUCCAAGACUCCACGCAACCACCGUAAAGUGAAAAAAUCAUCCACUAAAAAGAUAAGAAAGUUAUAUACAAGCGAUCGGUCAAGUAUAGACCUUCGUUCUUCGCUAGCAAGUAGACGAACAUAUGGCAUUUAUGGGAAUGUAAGAAAUAAACCAAUAAAGCAUGUUUGGGACUCCAGCAGUCCCCCAAAAAGUAAAGUUCAUAAGUUAAAAAAGGAUUCAAUUGCUUCCCAUAUGUUGAUUGCAAAACAGCAAGAAAUAAACGAUCUUCAAAAUGAACUUUUCCAUGCAAGACAAAGAUUAUCUACUGCUGAAAAAGAAAAUAAACUUUUAAAAACUUUGCAGCAUAGGCAGGAUAAAGCGAUUCGCAAGUUUGAAACAUCCGAGAAUGAUAUUCCACGAUUGAUUUCCAGAAAUUUUGAAGAUCAAAGGGUUCUUAAGUCGAAGCUGAGACGAACACAGGAAACAAAAAGAGAGCUUGAAGCAAAGUUGAAUGAAAAUAGUGAAGAAAUGCAAAAAAUGGAAGGGGUGUUGCGUCGUUUGAAGAGGAUGGUUUAUGAUAAAAACCUAGGGGAGCGAUCAGAACUUUCAAAGCAACUUUCUGAUGCGGAAAAUAAUUUUGCAAAAGCUGAACGUAAGAUAAAAGAGUUGGAUAAAAAACUUGAUAUGACUAUUAACAAUUGCACUCGUCAACUGAACCUGGAAAGACAAAAGCAUAAAGAAAGUCGAGAACGACUUGAAAUUCUCCAUAAGGAAUACCUUGAAACUGAUUCUAAAUUGAAAGAAAAAGAAAGGGCGCUGAAUGUUAGUAAUAUCUAUACUCUGCGUAAAAUUUCGCUCGGAAAAGCUCUUGUUCCCGUAGCUAUUGAGCCUGCUGAAAAGCAGAAAGAAAUAUGUUCCUCUACCCAAACUGAUCUUGCAUUAACUGAAAAAGAGGAUGCCAGAAAUUCUAAUAUGGGAGGCGAUUCCAAGAGGAAAGGAGAUAUUGAAGUAACUUCGUCGGAGAAGUCUAAUACUCAUUUUAACACGUCACCUGCAAUGAGUAGGCUGCACUCUGAUUCAUCAAGAACAAUCAAGAAAAAGAAAAUAAAGCAAGAGCCUAAGCAGUCUAUAUUUCUAACUGCUGAUUUUGAAUCACCUAUGUCAUCACCCAAUCCAUCAUUUAUUAGGGAUGAACCCAAUCUGUCAAUUCAAGAUUCCAUCAUUCAACUUUCUCCUUUGGAAAAUAUAAGAUCUACAUCUAACGGUGUUGUAGAAAUGACAGACAAAAGGGAAUCUGUUAAUAUACAUGGAUAUGAUGUAGCACAAAAACACAAAGCGAAUCUUUUAUCGAAAAUGCAUGAAAUAGAUAAAGCCAACACAAAGUCACUGCUUCCUGAAAUACCAAAAUCAUCAUCCCCUGAAUUAUUCAGCAAAGAGGUUGAUGGAAAGUCGCACAAACCACCAAAACUGAGUCCAAAAUCAAAAGCCAAAAAAGUGCAAUCUUUACUUGGAAAUAGCAAUGAAAAUUCUUCGGCAAAUUUAAAUGAUUAUGUUCCAUUGUCUUUGGAAAACAGCUCAAAAAAGCCUGAAAGAGAAAUAUCCUUCGGAGGGUAUGCACCAACUGUCGGCACCAACCCAGCAAGGCAGAAAAAGCAGCUUGCAAGUAAGCCUUCCAAACCUAUAACUUCUACUUCAGAAGUUGACGAACCCCUUUUCGAUUUGAAUAAUGUGAAACAAAACAAGAAGUCGGAUUUGUUGUCUCAGUUGUUUGGCAAUCAAGAUGCCUUGCUUAUCAAUGGUAGCAACUGAGAGGUUCUCAUAAACCCCAAAGAGUGGAUACAAAUUUCAAAAUUGUUUAACCCCACAAGAAUAAUUGAGGAUCCAGUCUCUAUUUUCCUUUACUGUAAUUUCAGGUACUCCCGUAGUAUGUUAACCAAGAUGGCGGACACCGUAACGUAGUAUGUCUACAAGGUUAGGGUUAGGCCAUUUCCAGGUACAAAUAUUACGGUAGUCACUUGGCUAGUCCCUGAACUCGU